AUGGUGAAAGGGGCAGCAGGGAGGACCCCGGAAGGGAUAAGAGGGGUUAAGCAGACGAGGGCAGGUAACCUUCUCAUAGAAUUUGCCCCAGGGGCCGAUGUAGAAGGCCUUAGGAAAAACCUGGAUGGCAAGUUGGGUCCAGACGUGGAAGUGGCACGGCUGCAAACACUGAUGGAUAUAGAAAUACGCGGAAUAGACCCAUCGGCGGAGAAAGAGGAAGUAUGGGAGGCCAUCAAGAUGGAGUUAGGACACGAGGCUAAGGGUGUGAGGGUCAAGGUCCUACGAACUGACCCACGCCAAAGUAAAGUGGCGGUGGUAGAGGGCCCGGCUACAGAUGUGAGCCGACUCCUAGGAGGGAGGAGGAUAAAGAUAGGUUGGACGUCGGUCACGGCCAGAGAGAUACCGCGGCUGAUGCGUUGCUUCAAAUGUCACGCAAUAGGACAUAUUGCGACAAAUUGCAGCAUCACCAAGGACAAGAACGGUUUUUGCAGGAAAUGUGGCCAGGAGGGCCACUACAUGAGAGACUGCACCAAGGAACCGAGGUGUAGGCUGUGCGUGGCCGAUGGGCGUCCAGUGGAGCAAGUAGGGCACGUAGCUGCAUCGGUAAAGUGCCCGAAGUAUAAAGAGGCGAUGAGGGAUAAAAGGCGCGAGUGA